GCAUUUCCAACAUGGCAGCGCCAAGCAACGCAGAGCAAACGCAGUUGCAAGAUAUGGAGGAGGAAGAAGCGGAGAUGGAGGAAAGGGAUAUGGAGUCGGACGAAGAGGAGGGCAUGGGGUUAGAAAACUCUGAAGACGAAGAGGACGACUCGUCAGAGGAUGACAAGGAAAAUGAAGCCGAAAUCCAGCGGUUGGAGGAGCAGCUUUCGAUCAAUGCCUUUGACUACAACUGCCAUGUGGACCUCAUCAAACUCCUCAAGCAGGAGGGAGAACUUCUCCGCUUGCGAAAGGCAAGACAGAAGAUGAGUGAACUGUUCCCUCUAACUGAAGAGAUCUGGCUUGACUGGCUCAAGGAUGAGAUUCGCUUGUCAGAGGAGGAUUCAAACCGAGAGAAAGUGUAUGAGCUGUUUGAGAGAGCUGUGAAAGACUACAUCUGUCCAGAAAUUUGGCUGGAAUAUGCCCAGUAUUCAAUUGGGGGCAUGGGGUCACCAGGUGGGAUAGACAAGGUGAGAUCCAUCUUUGAGCGGGCGGUGACCGCGGUCGGGCUUCACAUGACCAAGGGACAGAUGCUGUGGGAAGCAUACAGAGAGUUUGAGAACGCAGUUUUGUCCACAGUGCAGCCUCCCCCUGGCAGGAUUCCCAGCCGUGAGGAGCAGGAGCGGCUCAGCACUCAGCUCGAGCGUAUUCAUACGCUCUUUCGCCGCCAGCUGGCCAUUCCCCUCAUGGACAUGGAGACUACCUAUGCAGAGUAUGAGGAGUGGUCAGAAAAGGGAGUCCCUGAUACGGUCGUCCAUCUGUACAGAAAGGCUUUGCAGCAGAACGAAAAGUGUAAAUCUUAUGAAGAGGCCUUGUUGGUAGCAGAACCUCCCAAAUUGGCCGAAUAUCAAGCUUACAUUGACUUUGAGCUGAAGGAGGGCGACCCAGCACGCGUCCAGAUCCUGUUUGAACGGGCUUUGGCUGAGAACUGCCUGGUACCAGACAUGUGGACUAAAUACACCACAUAUCUCGAUCGUCAGUUGAAGAUCAAAGAUUUGGUCCUGUCCACUCACGAGCGAGCCGUCAGGAACUGUCCCUGGACCAUGAGUCUAUGGAAGAGCUACCUUCAGGCUCUGGAGAGACAUGGGGCAGACCAUCAGAUUGUAUCAGAUGUUUUUGAAAAAGCCCUAAAUGCUGGUUUCAUCCAAGCCACAGAUUAUGUAGAAAUAUGGCAGGCCUUUCUCGACUACCUGAGAAGACGUGUGGACUUCAGUAAAGAAUCCAGUAAAGAGUUGGAAGAGCUACGUGCUGCCUUCGCUCGGUCUCUAGAAUACCUGAAACAAGAUGUUGAAGAACGUUUUGGUGAAAGUGGCGACCCUUCUUGUGUCAUCAUGCAGAUUUGGGCUCGGAUAGAGGCUCAUCACUGCAAGAACAUGCAGAAAGCAAGAGAACUGUGGGAUAAUAUCAUGACUAAAGGGAAUGCCAAAUAUGCCAACAUGUGGCUGGAAUACUAUAACCUUGAGAGAGCUUAUGGGGACAUGGCUCACUGCAGAAAGGCUCUCCACAGAGCGGUUCAGUGCACUUCAGAUUACCCAGAACACGUGUGUGAAGUCCUGCUCACCUUUGAGAGGGUAGAAGGUACUUUGGAGGACUGGGACACAGCAGUGCAAAAGACAGAGACGAGGCUAAACAGGAUAAACGAGCAGAGAGCAAAGGCCGCAGAGAAAGAAACCAACAUGGCACGUCAAGAGGAGGAGAAAAUGGAGCAGCGACGGAAGGCCAAGGCAGAAAAGAAGAACCAGAAGAAAGGCCAGAGGGCGACUCGAGGUGGAGAGAAGAGAAAAGCAGAGCAGGAUGAUUAUCAGGAAGACUGGAAUGAAGAAUCUGCUCCUAAAAGGCAGAAAGGAAACGGUGACAACACAGAAGAGUACAUGGAGACAGAGACUGGAGGAAGGAAUGCUCCUCCUGGUUAUAAGCCUACUCAAGAUGGAGCUAAAAAUGCCCAGCAGGGGGCAGUAGCUGCUGCACAGAGGCAGAAUGAUGACAAACCGGAGCUGCGGGAUGACAGCUGCAGCGUGUUCAUCAGUAACCUGGCGUACACCCUGGAGGACCCAGAGCCCAAGCUAAAGGCGCUGUUUGAGAGCUGCGGCCCCAUCAGGCAGGUUCGGCUGGUCACCAGCAACAGAGGGAACUUCAAAGGUUACGGAUAUGUGCAGUUUGAAUCUGUAGUCUCAGUGGCCGAAGCCCUGAAGAUGGACAGAAAGGAGCUGGAGGGCAGACCUAUGUUUGUGUCACCCUGUGUCGACAAAAACAAAAAUCCAGAGUUUAAGGUGUUUAAGUACAACACAUCGAUGGAGAAACACAAAAUCUUCAUCUCUGGGCUCCCAUUCUCGUGCACUAAAGAGCAACUGGAGGAGAUCUGCAAAAAUCACGGCACCAUCAAGGAUGUUCGUCUGGUCACGUACCGAUCAGGGAAACCUAAGGGUCUGGCAUAUGUCGAGUUUGCAGAUGAAAAGCAGGCUUCUCAGGCAGUGCUGAAACUAGAUGGCAUCGAUGUGGAGGGGAACAAAAUCACUGUUGCCAUUAGCAACCCUCCACGCAGAAACCCGAUGGAUAAGCCUGGUUCCAGCAGGCCCAUGGGAGACAUAAUGCCUCAUCAGGUCUACGGCUCGAGAGGGAGAGGACGCACUCAACUUUCUCUACUCCCUCGCUCUCUGCACCGUCAAACGGCGCCUCCGGGCAAGGUGGAGAACGGGACCACAGCCGAGCGAGAGGCGCCACCAACAGGAAGCGCUGCAGCCAAUGCGGCCGGAGAGUCGAGGUCUUUGUCAAACUCAGACUUUGCAAAGAUGCUUCUCAAUAAGUGAGCGAAAGCAAAGGGGAACUGUGAACUCCUUUACACUGAAAGCCAUCCUGUGUCCUUACAAAUUAAGUGUUGGUGAUUUCUGCUGUGAUCAGUUACCUGAUGGUCCCUUUAAUCGCACUCACAACCUUCAUCUGUUCUGCAAGAUUGCCUUAUCCAUAAAGACGUGUAUCAUAUUUGUGUGUAAAUAUGUGAAGUUUUCUGCUUUUUUCUGUGUACUAUUUAAGGGAUCUGAUUUGAGAGUAUUUUUUAAAUAUUCAAAACAACCGAACUUGUGAGUGUUGAUUUUAAAAGGGGGAAAAAAAGGCAUAUGCAAAGUCUCUGACAAAGUGUGAAAUAGUUUGUGUACAGUGUGGAUGUGCUUUGAUGGGGUUUUAUUUUUUCUUGUGUAGACAUUUUUUGUUAUUGUAUACUUUUUUUUUAAGUCAUUACUAGGUUAUUAUGGAGCACACCUGAAUCAAGUUGACACAGAUUAACAUUUUUUAUCCACUGUGUUGUACAGUGGAAAAGCCAUCACUCUCCUGAAGCUGGAUUCUUCUUGUUCUUAAGAUGCGGUUCCACCCUUUGUUGGUUUUAUUUCAUCAGAUCUGCUAAGGAUCAGAAUGUACACUUUCCCCAGUUAAGUUUCAGCCUCAGUCUGAUGGUUCUUUACAGCCCAAAAUAGGUUUAAUGGGAGAUGAACUGGAUUUGCUUAAUGCUGUGAAGCCUAAAAAUGGUUGGACUCUAAAGAAGUCUGCUCUAUUGGGGAGAAUUAAACUGAUUGGCUUAUUUUCUUUUUUUAGUUCAGCUGUGUGGAUCACCAAGAACUUAGAGGAACCUCUUGUUAGUUGUAAUUAGAUGUCAAGCAAAUUUAUUCUCAAGUGUCAAAUUUCUUAAGUUUUCUUUGAAAUGGGUAAAAAAGUUACCUAGCUCAGUUGUGAUUUGUUUGCAUUUAAACUUUAAAAGGAAUGUGCAACUGUAAAGAUGAAGCUGAUUUUAGUGUUUUAAUCCUUAAAGUUGGUUUCAUCCUCAAUAGUUGUGUUUAACAAUCUUUUCUGUCAUCUGACAUGUAGGACGGUGGAGAAUCUAUGCAGUUUUUCCAUGUUGGGGUAAAAAGGUUGGGUUCUUGUACAUACUGUUCAGUAACACAUUUCAGAAAGAUUUCCUAAGUUUGUAAAAACAAAGACAGAUUUACAUUUUCAGAUGGUAUGUAUUGCUCUCACCACAGUGCCCUGUCUAAAGUGAACUAAAAGUGUAAAUACGAGUCUGAGGUCAUCUUCUGUUUUAUUGUCCAGUAUUAAAUGGUUGUAUUGUGA